AUGGUUAAAAAACAGGGCAAGAAGAGUGCUUCAGCCUCAAAAGAACCAACUAACCCACUAUACGCUAAGAAAGAACGUAAUCUUAGGAUCGGUGGCAGCAUCCAGCCAAAACGUGACCUUUAUCACUACCUCCGCUGGCCUGAAUACAUCCAACUUCAAAGAAAGAGAAGCGUUCUUCUAUCCCGUCUCAAGGUCCCACCACCAAUUAACCAAUUCCGAUCCACUUUUGACAAAGCCCAAGCCAUGGCUCUUUUCAGACUCCUUGCCAAAUACAGACCAGAGUCCCGUGCAGAGAAAAAGAAGAGACUUGAAGCAGAAGCAAAGGGUGAAGGACAAAAACCUAACUCUUCAUCGACGUGAGCAAGCUAAACCAUUAAAAAAUACUUUUCUAGAAAUUAAUCCUUCAGAGAGAGCACAAUAUUUUUUAUAUCAUACUUAAAUCAAUGAAUAUAUACAUAUUUUUUAUAAUUAUCCUGGCUAUAGAUAAUUCCUGGGGAUAGCGCGGAAUACGCUAUCCCCAGGACCAACCGGGAUCGGAUUCACACAUGGAACGGGAGUUCCAUGUGUGGAUCCAUUUUUUACAUGUGAGAUAUUUACUUUCACGUGUGAAAAAUGGAUCCACACAUGGAACCCUCGUUCCAUGUGGGAUCCGAUCCCGGUUGGUCCUGGGGAUAGCGUAUUCCGCGCUAUCCCCAGGAAUUUUCUAUAUCAUUUUUAGGGUGAUAAUUAUUAUAACACAUAAAAAUGUGUAGAGAGCAAAACUGUCCUCUUGACAAUGUGCAGCCAGGCAAGAGUCUGAGGGUCUUGUGGAAGGAGAGAGCAGCACGAGGCGAGAGUGGUCAGCCCGGUUUUUACCGGUCUGAUGGAACGCAAUGUCGGGCUUAUCGACCGCAGGCUCUCAUCCAGUGCAGGUUUUACCUCAAGCGACAAUGAAAUUUUGGAAGUUGGAAAGGGAUAGCUCAGCAUGGCGAGAGGGAGUUCGCUUGACUAAUUGAGCAGUUUUCCUAGGAGCUGCACCCUGGGCUACAAUUUUCAUUCGAGCCGAUAGCCUUACCACUCUGUAAUAAACUAAGUUAAGUUAAGAUAAUUAUUGUACUGAAAUCUCUAGAUAUUUUUUAAAUUUUAAGCAAUUUGUAUUAAGACAUAAUUCCAUAAGUCGACAUAUUUCGGAUUUUUUAAAUUAAUUACAAAAUUAAAUUUAUAUAAAGGAUUUUAAAAAAUUAACCUUCCUUGAGCAAAAAUUUGGCUCUCUUAUGAAGGAAAGAAGUAAGCCAUUCUUGUUGAAAUAUGGCCUAAAUCAAAUCACCAGCUUAGUAGAAAGCAAGAAAGCCAAGCUUGUAGUGAUUGCUCAUGACGUUGAUCCUAUUGAACUAGUCCUGUGGCUUCCUCAGCUCUGCAGAACUAUGGAUGUCCCAUAUUGUAUUGUAAAAGGAAAGUCAAGACUAGGAACUCUGACCCACAAAAAAACAUGCACAGCUGUCGCUCUUACUGAGGUAAGAAAAGAAGAUGUCCAUGAUUUAGAACUCAUCACAAAAAACGCUAGGUCUCUUUUCAAUGAAAAUCCUGAUGUUGCUAAAUGGGGUGGUGGUAUUCUUGGUGUCAAAUCUCAACAAAGAAUUGAAAGAAAAGAAAAACUGAUAGCCCAAGAAGCUGCUAAAAAAGCUGGUCUAUAA